AUGUGCUUCACUCCCAGCCCCCAGCUCGAUCGGGCCGGUGCCCAGCUCCCCGGAGGCCAGCGGCGCAGACGGCAUACCAGCCCCCCACGGACCCGCGUGCUGUGCGCGCUGGGCCUGCGCAGCCUGCGGGCGCCGCCGGCCCUGCUCUCGCGCGACGCGCGGCUGGUCCUGCUGGGCGGCCUGGCCGCGACCCUGGUCUGGUUUGCGCUUUCGUUCCUGGGCACGCUGCCCUCGGUCCGUGCCGCGCUCCGGCGCUUCGUCUGGUGGCGCGGCGCGGCGCGCGCCGCGCCGCGCCUCGCCCCGGAGGCCCGUGCGGCGCUGGAGCGCGAGGCGCUGCGGUCCACCGACAGCGACGAGGUGCCGGCGGCGGGCGCCGCGCCGCUCCCCGACGGCGAGGACGUGGAGUGGUUCAACAUGUGCUGGCGCAAGGUGUGGCGCGUGUACCAGCGCGGCAUCGAGUCCUGGCUGGCGGAGAUGUUGCAGCCGGUGCUGGACGGCGUGGUUACCGACUCCCCGGUCCCCGCCAUGCUCAAGCGCAUCCGCAUCAUGGAGGUGAACCUGGAUCACGAGGCCCCCUACUUCUCCAACAUGAGGCGCCGCUCCUCCCGCAAGGCAAGCCUGGGAGGCAGGCGCCCAGACAUAUGGGGGUGGGAUUCAAAAGGGGACUCUGAUCUGUCGGGGGUCGUAGACCUGCGGUACACCGGCGGUGCCCAGGUCGUGCUGGCGCUGGAGGUCGGCCAGGGCCGCUGGAAGGCCAAGAUCCCGGUGCUGGUGUCUGACCUGGACGUGGAGGCCACCGUGUGGCUCAAGCUGCGGCUGGCCCCCAUGGCGCCCUACAUCGGCGCGGUGUCCUUUGCCUUCGUGGGGCCGCCCGCCAUCAAGAUCCAGCUGGCGCCCUACGGCCGCGUGCGCCUCAUGAACAUCCCCGUCCUCCAGCCCAUCCUGUCGCGGCUGCUGACGGUGGCGCUGCCGGGCCUCAUGACUCUGCCCCAGCGCCUGGACAUCGACGUCCCCCCCGCUGUGACCGCGAUCGCGGAGGCCGCGGUGGGGAGGGACGCCAUCAUGCGCGCCGCGGAUGCGCUGGAGCACGCGCUGCUGGCGGCGCUGCCGCUGGGGCCGCAGGGCGACGCUGGGGGUGUGUCCCUUCCCGAUUUCUUCACGGGGGAGCUGCAGGUGACGCUGGUGGAGGCGCGCGCCCUCCCCGUCUGGGGCUUCCCCUGGCAGAGCAACCCCUACUGCCGCCUGACGCUGGGCGGGCAGGCGGUGCAGUCCCGGCGGGACAGCGAGACGAGCCACGCGUCGCGCCACCGCGCGCCCGCCUGGAACCAGGAGUUCACCUUUCUGGUGGAGGACCCGCGCGUCCAGGUGCUGGAGAUCGUGGUCCGCGACUCGCCCAUCACGGGCAGGACGGAGGUGGGCAGGGUGGUCUUCCCCCUGGCCCGCCUGCCGAGCGAGGGGGUGCUCAAGGCCUGGCUGCCCGUGGUGACCGACGCCACAGGCAUGGCCGACGUUGGGCCCGGCGCCGGCGGGAAGUCCAGCGACGGGUCUGCAGACGAGGACGGUGCCCUUCCAGAUAAAGAACGCCCAGCGGCGCCGGGCCCAGGCCCCGACCCUCGGGGCGUCCCGUCGCUGCCGGCUUACGCCGGGCCCGCCGACGACCUACUUCCCAGCUCGAUGCAAAACGGCAGUGUUUCCGCCCCCGACUCCGCGCCGUCGCCGCGCGGGCUGCGCCAGCUGGCCGACGCGGCCUCCAGCGUGGAGGACCUGGUGCAGCUGCGGGGGGCGCUGCGCCUCCUGACCCAGGAGAUCGACGAGCUGGGCGGGUCGGGCACGGCGGGGUCCACGGGCGCGGCUGCGGAGCUGGUGGCCUCCGCGGAGCGCGAGGCCACGCAGGCGGUGCUGGCGGGGGACGUGGCGGGGGCGGUGCAGGCCCUACGCUUCGCCGCCCGCGCGGUGGAGACCACGCUGGCGCAGGCCGGCGCGCGCGGCAUGCAGGCCGGCGGCGAGGGGGGUGAUGGGCGGUGCGUUGAGACGGAGGGGUCGGACGCGGGCCGACGAGGUGUGGACGAGGAGGCCAACAGCUCGGGGCGGGAGCCGGAGUUCGAAGCUCUCCACUCUUCCCAGACGACCGAGUCAGACCAGCCUGUCCCCGCGUGGGUCGUCUUCUGGGCUCUGUCCGCCUCGGUCACGGCCAUCUACCUGGCCUUGCUCCUUCAGAACGCACAUCACUUGAAGUAG